AUUGGCAAGUUGCCUCAGAGAGAGAGAGAGAGAGCUUUUUUGAUAAAUCAGAACUCAGCAAAAGAGUUGUAAGAUUUGGGAUUGAGCUCACAUCACUCAUUCUUAGCUCUGGUAAUGACAAAAGUAUAUCCCAACACGACAACCUUAGUCACAUCCUCCCCGGACGGAAAGGGGAACGCGGCGGCGAUCUUAACCGUAUGGAAGAAGUCACUUCUGUUCAGCUGUAAUGGAUUUACGGUAUUCGACAGCAAAGGGGAUUUAAUAUUUAGAGUAGAUAACUAUAUGGCCAGUAAUAAGGGCGAGAUCGUUCUUAUGGACGCUGCCGGCAAGCCUCUCUACACCAUUCGCCGCAAGAGGUUAAGCUUUGGCGACAACUGGCUGGUGUACGACGGAGAGACGGCGGCGAAUCCUCGAUUUGCGGCGAGGAAACACGUGAACAUCCUCAACACAAAGUGUUUGGCUCACGUUAGUAAUUACAACAAGGCUAACGAAGGAACAGGAGGAAGUGGCGGGUAUUCAUCGCCCAACAGCAAGAACGUGAUGUAUGAGAUAGAAGGAUCGUACACGCAACGAUGCUGUGCGGUGUUAGACAAAAGUAGGAGGCGGGUGGCGGAGAUCAAGCAGAAAGAGGCAGUCGGAGGAGUGGGCUUUGGCGUCGACGUCUUUCGCCUCAUUGUACAGCCUGAAAUCGACGCUGCUCUUGCCAUGACACUUGUCAUCCUUCUCGACCAGAUGUUCGGUUCUUCUAGACGCCUUUCCACCUAA